AUGAGGGUGGAUCUUGAUCAAAUCGAGUUCUACCAUGGCCCAAGCUGCCCGCCGCUUUCUACCAGUGCAAAAAGCGUGCCCCCCAACCACGCCCCAGCUCAUGUGCCACGAUACCUCCAGCAGUCUUUUCCCACUGGGAUCGGCUUCUGUCCAGGACCGUGUGAGGUACCCCUAGGACAGUCACCGCCACUGACCGGUACAACUCAUGAGUGGAACAUAUUUGACUUCGAGAUCAAUCAUGUCUAUGGACCCACUCCGCCUGAAAUGACGAAAGAUGUCGGACCCCCAAUGACAACAGAUAUACCAGCUGCCUGUGACAUUCUGUUGGAUCGUGGAAGUUCCGCGCUGGCUUUCUCAGGGCCAGUGCCAUCGACACACUCCGCGAGAAUAAUCCCGUGUCCUGCAGGGCCAAAUCACCUAGACCCUAUUUCUCCUGAUAUGCGAGGAGAUGAUCUACCGGAAACUGUUCCUGAUACCCAACUAUCGUGCACACCCUGCGUGACCGCACCCGUGUCUGCACCAGAACCUGCACCCGAACAAGCGAACUGUGUCUCUAGCAGUCUGUCUGUCGUGGGUGAUUUUCAGCAAGAAUUAGCCAAGCGGAAGUUAUCUACCAUGGAGCCCUCAGACCGUUCAGACAGUGGGAACUACGAAAAUGAUUCGGAGCCGAGUCAGACAUCUAACCUAGGUGAAAAUCCAUGCUCAAGGGCAAACAAGGCUUCUGAGCGGGCUGAAGAUCCCAGCACUAUUGAAAACACGCCAGCCACAUCUAGGCUGUCCUUUCCGCCAAGCAAGUUUCCACUGGCGAAACAGUAA